AUGCGCAUCGGCUUACCAAAUACCGGGACCUCUCCCAAUGCAGCCACAUUCACCCGCGGCCUCACUGACACUGCUCUUCACCUCUCUAACCACGGCAUCACUAUCACCGACUCCCUCCUCAUGGCCCGUAUCCUUGACGCCCUCCCCACUGCAUACACCACUCACAAAAUCGCAUUCUCCUCCUCCAAUAUCAUCUCCUGGCUUCUUGACGCCGACGCCGACCUUUUUCACUCCUCCUCCCCUCUCACUGCUGCCCUUGUCCGUGGAGGAGGAGGUGGCCGUGGCGCCUCCAGUAGCGGCUACAACGAGGGACGUGGUGUAGGACGUAGCAGUCCUGGUGGUGGUGGUCGCGGUGGGAGCAGUCGUGGUGGUGGUGGUGGUGGCCGUGGUGCUGGGUGCAGUGGUGCGUCCGGACUUGGCACUCUCUCACUGUGUCAAUACCACAUUCGCUAUGGCUCGCUCAAAGGCCAACACUGCCUCCAGACAACUCACACCACUGCCACUUGCUUCAAGUCACUGACCGAUGAAUGGUUUGAGCGUGGUAACACUGGUACCCCCCACGCUUGCACCUCCUCCAUCCCCUUCCCACGCCCCAUGAUGAAUGCACCUCCCCAGUCCAUCAGCCCCUGUCCAUCUCUCAAGUCUCCCACCACCCCUCUUCCCGUGUCCCUCCACAGUCUCACCACACGCUAUGUACACCUCCACAGUCCGGCCCCCCCUCCCCUUGCACCCCCUGGCUUUAUCCCACCUCCCACCCCCUGGUACCCUUCCCCGUUCCCCCCAUACCCCUUCUACUCCCCGGCCCCUUCCCCACCCGUCCUCUCCACUAACCCACCCCAGGUGAUAGAGAAUCCUCCCCCCUCCCCCUCCCUUCCUCCGAGUUUUACCUCCCCCACCAUGCACUGUCUGCAUCAAAAGCAAGCUCAAACAACACCCUCAUUCUAG